AAAGUCCUGAUGCUCAAUGGUUUUUCAACGUGUGUCGGCUUGCCACUUCUUGGUUCUUAGUAAUGCCAUGAUUGUGUUCAAAUUUUACCAGCAGCCAAGGUUAAUGUUGGCAACGCUUGGUUGCUUGUCUGGAGUGAAUAUGGGUUGAGGAGGGAUUUGGAAAACGUGAUACACCUAUGACUGCAUUUGUUGCAGACAGAUGACAGAUGCUACUAUGAAGUAUACGGAGUGUACAGCAAAGCUGAGGUCGCCUUGCAUGACAAGAGAACUGAUUGUUGGAUCAUUGUAAAGAACAGGAUUUUUGACGUUACCUCGUAUGUAGAAGAACAUCCCGGUGGUGAUGCUAUUCUGACGAAUGCUGGAAGCGAUUCAACCGAAGGGUUUUAUGGGCCGCAGCAUCCUGGUGGAGCUUUUCAAUUGAUUGAGGACUACUGCAUUGGAGAGCUGGAGAAGUAGUUCUUAGCCUGGGGUUUGGCUUCAUCUAACACCACAUUGCACAUUCUAUUUGUAUCAACUUGAUUCUUCUCCUGGCCAUGCUGCUGAACUGCACUGCAGCGUUUUCGCACUGAGAAGAUAAUGAUCCAAUUACUUGACUCCUCGAGUUGCAGCAUGUUAUGUCGUACGCAUGAGUGAGGAGAUAAAGAUUCAGUUGUAGACAGUAGACUAGAACUCAGUCUUUCUUCUAGGUUCUCUAUUUCAGCAAGCAUUAUCACCUUACUCACGCUGCGUUAGGAUCUUU